AUGGGAUAUAACCCUUUUCUACCCACCGCUGGCGCGAGAGUCAACGUCUUAUGCGUCCCAGCUGGUCGAGUCGCGCCUGGCCGCUUUCAGAAGCUUAUCAGCUUGUUGCAGACCGCCGCGGUCGUCAAGCUCAAACUUGAGGAAUCUUUAAAAUUCCCCGAAGAUGGCUCGUAUGCGUCCUCCAACGAAGAGAAGUGUAUCUUCUACGAUAUCUCGGCAACCCGAGAUUCUGGACGACCGCACCUGUUCCCGCUUGAAACGAACAGUCGAUGCCAGAUUCUGCUAGGGCUCAUCGACGGCGAAAGGGUUGAAGAUGCCGUGGAUAACACUUCCGACGUCUUGUCCGAUCUUGAUACCACCAAAACUACCUUUACCCAACAACUGCCGCCUCACCCGGGCGUUCUUGUCCGUCGACUGAUCUACUGCGGCAAGGAAAGGCCUGCAUCACUCGAUCCUGAUAUCCUCUUCAUGUCAGAUGCCGAUAGCACCGAGGUUGCACGUGAUGUCAUGACCAAAAUAUCAAGACUACUUAUGAGCGGAGUGGCUGCAUUUAUGGAAGACCUCAAGGAUCAGCCAAUUAGUAUGGUGCCUGGUGCUAGUUCCCAGACCCUCGCGCGGACUGGUAACACACCAAUACCCUCGAGCGCCAGCCCUGUUUCAACGCCAGGGAAGUCACCAGGACCUGUGCCUCCUUCACCUGAGACACAAAUACAGAGUGAUACCUCAAGAGGGCGCUUUAAGAUCAUACAGGGCAUGUAUCAUCUCCAGUGCGGACUCUGGAGUGAUGCCCUAGACUUACUUUCUGACGGCGCCUCCAUUGCCCAAAACGGCCAUGAUCACCUUUGGCACGGAAAGGCGUUGGAGAGCCUUCUUUUGUGCAUGUUACUCUUUUCCUGGACUGGUUCAGCUUUCACGGUCCCUCAGGUAUGCCGUUUUCUACCCAAUAGGAAUGGUAACUUCCAGACAGAUGUCUCGUCAACAGCCGGCGAUUCACGAAAGGCCUUAGCUCGGUUGAUGCCGCCAAUCGUUGAGACUGUCCUCGAGCUCUACGAUAAGGUGUCAAAUCUAGAUCUCGGAGGGUCAUUACAAGAUGUCCUAAGAGAAUCCCGCGUCAGAAAUGUGAAUAUACUGGUCUUCGUCAAAAGAUCUGGUGGUGUCUUGACCAGAGACUGCCUUGACCAAUUGGUUCGAGGCCAAACCAAAACGCAACUCGACUUGGUGGACUCUGACGGGGAGACUGUUGCAAUAUCAAAGGCUGGUCUGGCCAACAUCUUGAUUGAGACACUUCAGGUAUCGCAGUCAAGCAAUGAUUUGACUCACUCUACCAGCAUGUUAGUCGCGGUGGUUAGCAGCCUUUCCAUCUUGGGGCUGGAUCGGAAACACGCGUUCUACCUCAAGCAAUUGAUGCAAAAGUUCAUCUCCAAGCUGAUUGAAGCAAGGAAGGUCGGCGCUUCUGAAGCUGGGAUCCAUCCUGCAGCCGGACUUCCGCCUGUUAGCCAUGCACUCCACGGGAUCAUCCCAGAAAUGGCCAUAGGUAUGAGGACGAUGCUGAGUCUUGCAGCCGGGGCAUAUGGAGUACCGUUACCCUCAUUUCCUCCAUCGAGACAAUUCCUGCUAGCAGAUAUCAAUGACAUCGUUGGGAAACUCCAAAUAUGGGUUGCCGAGCAUAGCUCUGGGGACUUGUUCCUGAAGCUAGAUAUGCUGAGGACAUGUGUCAGCGUUUGUGAAGCUUUGCCGGAUGUACCUGCAGGCGUCUACCUCACGUCCACCAUUCUGCGCGCCGCAAAGCAAGUCAUCACACUGCCGAAACAACCCAGCACUACUCCUCCAUUGAUAUCGGCGGAGGAGCAAUCCCGCUUAUUGGACAAUAUCAGACGUGGAGUAUCAGCGGCCUCUAGGUUGGGUGCUCCAGGCUGCCGUGCUGAGUACUGGGACGAUUUUCUCGUUCGAGAUGUUCAAGUGUUUGAACGAGACGACUCCUCCAAACUAAUCCCACAUAAACCCAGUGACCUUUCCGUCCGAGGGAGUGGCCUCACUGAGACCAUUCGAGACCCCUUCAUUUACAAUCCUUUCUCGAAACCAAAAUCUGCGGUUACCGCUCCUGUCCUGGUGGCGGGGCAAUUGGCCACUUUUGCCGUACUUCUCCAGAACCCGCUGGAGGUGGAGGUUGAGGUUGAAGAUAUUGCUUUGGUUACAAAAGGCUGUGGCUUCGUCCCGUCACACCAUAGUGUUGUUUUGGGCCCUGUGUCGAUGCAAACGUUUACCUUGAGCGGCAUGCCGACAGAAGAGGGUGAUCUGGAAGUGGUUGGCUGCAGAGCCAGAAUCCGGAAUUGCUACGACCAAGAAUUCCUGGUCUUCCGCGAGGAUUGGCACUUACCAAUGAAUACCAAGCAGAGUGCCGCAGGCAGAGUCCGUCUUAGGACGAGUCGAACAGCAGAUGCUAGCGAAGAAACUGGGAAGCUCAUCUCUGUCCAGUUCAACUUACCGACAGCCACUACCCUUCAGCUGAAAGUCGUCAGCGCUCAGCCACGAAUUGCGGUCAAGUCCAAUACGCUCGGAAGUUCGGCGAUUAUGUUACUCGAAGGGGAGAGUAGAGUGUUUGAUCUGGACCUGAUCAACGAGGGUACCGAUGUACCCGCGGAUUUUAUCCUGGUCGCCGCCGAAGAUUCUGUCAGUUCAAGGCUACAGGAGGCGCUCUCGAAUAAAGAUCUGAGUGCCGCUGAACUGUAUGAGAUCCAGAAUCAGUUGGCAGUCACUCCAGCCGUCGACAUCAAGAAAAAGGGGCUGGACGAGUCGGUCAAGAUCCUCGAACCUGGUCAGACCAUUACCUACGAAGUCACAAUUGUUGGCCGGCCGGGGCUGGUCAGCGCUACUGUACAAGCAGAUUACGCAUACCUUGGAUCACCUUCGGCAGAGGUGAAGGGUACUUUCUACACCCGACAGGUCCGUUUUCCAAUUGCCAUCACUGUGAACGGAAGUGUCGAGAUACCGCGAUGCAACAUCCUAUCCGUUCAUAGCGACUUCGCCUGGGAGUCUGGCGCUGCAUCUAAUGGCGAGGAGGAUUCAUUAGGGCCGGUCCAGACCCGAAGCACUGGCGUCUCCAAACUCUCACAUUGGUUAAGGACCCGAUAUGACGCCGGCGAAUGUUGCAUGCUAUCGCUGGAUCUACGCAAUGUCUGGCCACAACCUCUCAGUAUCGAUAUCCAAGCUCGAAAGCCAAAGUCAGACUUGACUCUCACACAAGGGCCGCCGCCAGAGGCGUAUACAGUUAUUGAAACAUUGCAGCCUGGCCACGUCACCCGGGUUGUGCUGCUAGUCCCACUGCUAUUCAUCGAAAAUCCUCACGCCCAGAUACCGAAUCUCGAGAUGCAAAAGCAGUUUGUGGUAGCGACGUCCAAGCUGAGUGCCGAGGCGGAAGCAGUAAGCAGAGAGUCGUUCUGGUACCGGGAAGAGCUUCUCAAAUGCGUACGAGGCACGUGGAAGGAAGAAAGCUCGGGGAGACAUGGGGAGAUUGAUCUUCGAAAGGGAAUAAGGCUAAGCCCACGGAUGGUAGAUGUGCUCAAGAUGGACCACGUCGAUUUCGAAUACAUCCUCGAGCCAUGUGAUGAGGAAGCCGAGGAAGUGGAAAGCGAUGCGUACGGGGCUGUGAAACAAAUCGGAAAAUCGCAUUUCAUCCUCAAGUCUGAAAGGUUCGCGACCUUGUCAGUCAAGGUACACAACCACACCCAGGAUACUCUCCCACUCUUGCUUCGACUUCAGCCCGCACUUCGGCAUCAGCCGCACAAUAUAGCACUGGAUCUAUCCAGACGAUUCGCGUGGUCCGGGGUCCUGCAGCGCGCCUUACAGCCUGCGAUCGAACCGGGUGGCACAGGCUUGGCCGAGCUGGGCAUCAUAGCGCUAGUCCAAGGUGAAUACGAGAUCACUGCAUCAGUCGAGGAGAUUAAGGCACACCGCCUUCCCAGGGCUGCGAAGACGGGCGAUGCUACAGGCGCAGUCUCUGAAAGGAGGAUCUGGCAUGCGCGAUCGCCAUGUGUGAUCGACGCUGUGGCAGAAUAA